AGAUGGCCAAGCAACAGGAGCAAGACCCCACGAACCUGUACAUCUCAAACCUGCCACAAUGCAUGGAUGAGCAGGAGCUGGAGGACCUACUGAAGCCUUUCAGUCAAGCUAUUUCCACACGAAUCCUGAGGGACACCAAUGGAACCAGCCGGGGAGUUGGCUUUGCAAGAAUGGAGUCGACAGAAAAAUGCGAGGCCAUCAUUCAACAUUUUAAUGGGAAAUACAUCAAAACACCUCCAGGAGUACCAGUCCCUCCUGAACCGUUGUUAUGUAAAUUCGCUGAUGGUGGUCAAAAGAAAAGACAGGGGAGCCAGGGGAAGUAUCUGCAGAAUGGUCGGGUCUGGUCUCGAAAUGGGGACAGUGGAGGAAUAACUCUCACAUAUGACCCCACCACAGCCUUUCAGAAUGGGUUCUACCCUGCUCCCUACAGUUUCACCCCAAACAGGAUGCUUGGAGCUUCUCUCUCUCCAUACAUGCAUUCCCCAGUAUCAACGUACCAGUUACACACCCCGUCCUGGGUACAUCAGCCAUACAUCAUGCCACCAACAAGUGCAGUGUUGACAUCAGGGAUGGACCACACAAUGUCUAUCCAACCAACCUCCGUGAUUGGGCCCCUGUCGCAACAGCUCAGUCACCUCUCUAUAGGCGGGAAUGGCUCUUAUGUGCCUGCUAACUCCUCUAUGCAGGGGACAUACAUUUCCCAGUACUCCACACAAGUGCCUGCCACAAAUAUUUCAGUUGAGGAAAGUGCCGUCCAACAACCAGGGUCAACGGAGACACCAAAAGAACACACAACCUACUCAUACCAGCAUAACAAAUGAAGAGAGGACCACGAGUGUACUUAAAACAUAAAAGACUAUUCACGUUGAUAUAUUUUCUACAACAAACUACUUCCAGCUGAGUGACAGCUGAAAAUGGGAAAUGGAAGAACAACAAAAAUACAGUGUAUUUUUUCACACAAAGCCUUCUCAGAUAAAGGAUUUUUGCUCCAAAAUGUACAUGAAAAUACUGUGCUGGAAAUUACUUUCACCUUCUGUCAUCAUGAAUUUUGAAACUUCACUCAAUUUAGUCCUCUGCUUAUGCCUGAGACAAGCCCUGGUUGGGAAUGACUGAACCUUAAUGAAUUUUAAAAUCCACAACAAUCCAUAUAAGGCACACAUUUAAUAACUACGUGUCAUCAGGUCUUCAGAUUAGUACUCUUGAACUUAUUUUAUAACAAUGCUGUGGACAAUCAGAAGUAGGCCUAACAGUUCUUAAAUAAAAUGAAUAAAUUGAAGCAUUCCAUAGCCAGUGCCAUAAACCACUUUAAGGUUUUAAGCAGCUUCACAAAAUCCAAAACUAAAUGGAAUUACACCUCAGCUUUUAUUUUUUAUUGUCUUUCCUUUAAUUGCCCCGUAAUGUUUCUAGAUCAAGGAUGGUUGUAUUGGCCCUGGUAUCUUAUUUUCUGUUUGACUUCUGUUUAUUUUAAGUGUGUCAAGACAUUUAAUAGUUUUUUAUGCCUUCUUUUAAAAAGAUUUAUUUUUUUAUAGUGCAAUGGGAAACACUUAUUUUUAGCAAUAGUUUUGAACUGAAAUGCAGUCUUGUUUUGUGUUUCUUUAAACAUCUGCAUUUUAUGUUACCUCACUCAGAUCAAUGUUCAUUUGUGUUCAAAAUUAUUUAAGAUUCAGGCAUUAGGGACUAUUUGUUGUCAUCUGCAUCCAUCCAUCCCAUCUAUUCUAUCCACUUCAAGUUCUUUUGAUCCGUGCAAUACAGCUGAUGUUGAAGGAACACUUGACAAUAAGUUGGCCAAUAUUUUGUUGUUGCAAUAAAAGGGAACAUUUUCUUGCCAAAAAUGUAGAGUUUAAAAUAGCCUAUUACGGAAAUAUACUAUCACUGUUAAACUUAUUUGACUAUUUUACAUUGGUCUUAUUAACUGCAAUUGGGUCAGUUCUAUGUAAAGUAUACAUUCAUGCAUUCACAUAUUGCCUUAGGUUUAACUGGAAGAGAAGUGCUACUCUAAAGUAUCCAGUGAACUGUUUUCCAAAAUGUUACAUUAUAGAACAUCAAAGAUUUCCUCCUUUUUCAUUUCAUGUGUACCACUUUGUAGCCUUAACGUUUCCGUGUUAUGUUUUUAUGAACCCAAACAAACUAUU